AUUGGAAGAAUAAUUUGGACAGUUCUUAAUAAUGACUUCAAUUUCCACUAAUGGGUCAUCUUCAGCUGGCAAAAUUCCAUUUCAAAUCGCUUCCCAUUUCUCUGCAAAUUCAAAAUCUCAGUUCCCCAGUCAGUUACUCACUUCAAUCUCUCUUCCAUGCUUCAAUUUGAGCAAUGGAUGAUGAAAUAGGGUAUGGCCGCACUUUUGAUUAUGCCGCACGUUUUUGUUUUUCUCUGCAUUAACUAGCAUUUCAUAAUCAUGAAAAGGUUCCUUUCAUGGAGAAUAAAAACAAGAUCGAGUAUGGACGAACACCCUUCUGCCCAACUUUAAAGGUUGCGUGGGACAUUUCCCAUUUCAUUUUCCCCUGUUGUCGAAGGAAUUUUUGUGUUGAAUAGAAUAGAAUUUCCUCAAGGGAUCAAUUUUAAUAAUUGCUUUCUGGGUCUUACUUGCCUUCCCCGAUUGAUCUUUCCCUUGAUUCUUGUUUCACAAGAUUUGUUUUCAAGCUAUUUCUCUCUCCUGUGAUUCCUCUCUUGUGGUAGAGGAGUUUGAUUUUGUAACAUUUGUUCAUGUUUUUAUCUGGGAUUGUCUUUUUUUCUCUGGGUUUUUCUUUGUUUUGAUUAGUGUGGCUGAUGAUUUGAUUGAGAUUCAUGGUUCUGUUGGAUGUUGGUGAAAUGGGCUAAGUUUAGAAGUGAUAAAAAAUAGUUUUAGUCAGUUUUUUACUCUCUCCUUGAUUUUUAAUGAGGUUUUGGAUGUGUAAGAUUCAUUGUCCUUCAUCCUUUUGCCUUUGCCAACCUUCCCCUCAUAUAUAUUCCACUGGAUCAGUACCAUUGGAUUUGGAAAACUCACCACAUCUGCCUUCAGAAGUUGACUCAGUCAUUGGAAUUUCUGAUUCCAUUGUUGAGACAUUUGAAUCCAAGCAAGAGUGUAGAGAUGACAAAGAGAGUGUAAUUAAGAGUAGUUUGAAGAAGCCAAGUUUGCGGUCGGCCAUUCCAAAGGAGAAGCAUGUGAAAAGAGUACAAUGGAUGGAUUUUUCAGGCAAAGAACUUGUUGAGAUCAGGGAAUUUGAACCUAGUGAAGCUGAAGAUUCUGAUUAUGAAGGUGAGUAUAACAGGAGCUGCAUCUGUACUAUUUUAUGAAAUUGCUCAAUAGCUUAUUCUGUCAAAUUUAAGAGGAAGAGGAAGUAGCCGACGAAGCCCAGUUAAUGUUUGUUACAUUAUAUUCAUCCUGAAAGAUCUGUACCUUGGUUGAAAAUUGGGAUUUAGUAUUCCUUGGUGCUUUAUUGUUUACAUCUCUCAUGUGAAUAUGUUGUAAAAAUGAAAUGCAAAUACAGCUCUAUUUACCAGCAAUGUACCUAUUUAUUUAUUUUAUGAAAAAAAGUUGUCAAUUUCUCCAAGGCUAGUUAAUUCCAUUCUUUCACUAGAUUGGCAAAAAAAUUCACUGCUUCAUAAACUUUGUACUGAAUGUUAUCUUAUGAUCCAUGCCACUACUUAUAUACUAAGGUUCCAUGA